GGGGUGUCAGAAUUUUGGUGCAGUCCGUGCGCUGUGCAUCUGAUGCAGGGAAUGUGAAACACUUCUGAAUACCUGCUAAAGAGUCUGCUGUCAGACAGAAGAUGCCUUGCAGGUCUCUUUCAAACUAUAUUUUCCUCUGGACUCUAUCCAUCUCUUUUCUUACAACAUCAAUGGUACUUGCAGCCUCUGACAGGGGAGGAAGAAAAAUUGUCCACGUGCUUGAGGAUGAAACAGGAGAGGUGAUUGUACAAACAGCCCCAGGUAUAGUGACCACACAUCGGGGAGGAACUAUAAUCUUGCCAUGCAGGUAUCAUUAUGAAGACUCUGGAGAAGAGCCAGGGCAGAUCCGCAUCAAGUGGUCCAAGAUCACUGACCAACAUUCUUUCACUGAUGUUCUUGUUUCUCUGGGGAAGGAGAGGAGAAUAUUCAGCCCCUAUAAAAACCGUACCUCAUUGCAGGAAAGUGGGCCAGGAGAUGCUUCUCUGGUCAUUCACAAUGUUACCCUUGAUGAUUAUGGAAGGUAUGAAUGUGAGGUGACCAACGAGUUAGAAGAUGACACAGGAAUGGUCAAGCUGGACUUGGAAGGUGUCAUUUUCCCAUAUCACCCCCGGCUGGGACGUUAUAGUAUGAAUUUCCAUCAAGCUCAGCAGGCCUGUAAGGAGCAAGAUGGUAUCCUUGCUUCCUUUGACCAGCUCCAUGAGGCUUGGUUGGGUGGAUUAGAUUGGUGUAAUGCUGGUUGGUUACAAGAUGGCUCUGUACAGUAUCCUAUCUCAAAACCAAGAGAUGAGUGUGGCAAAAAAGACACAGCCACAGGAGUAAGGAACUAUGGAUACAGACACAAGGAUAAUGAGCGUUAUGAUGCAUUUUGCUUCACAUCCAACCUCAACGGAAAAGUCUAUUUUCUUAAAACCUACCGCAAGAUGAGUUUUCCAGAGGCAUCUAAAGUCUGCAAAGACAAAGGGGACUCACUGGCCAAGGUUGGCCAACUUUAUGCUGCCUGGAAGCUGCAACUUUUGGACAGAUGCGAAGCUGGUUGGUUGGGGGAUGGCAGUGUUCGUUAUCCUAUUGUAAAUCCACGAGCACGUUGUGGUGGUUCUGAACCUGGAGUAAGGUAUUUAGGGUUCCCUAGUAAGAAAUACAAACUGUUUGGUGUUUACUGUUAUAGGGGGGCAAAAGAAAAAGAACCACAGGAGAAGGUUACAGUGGACACUAACAAUCUGAAAAAUAUCCAGGUGUAAUCAGCAUGCUUUGUUACAUCUAGGUAACUGCCACAUUUAAGGAAAUGAAGAUGCAAAAUAUAUUUAAAGCAGGUGCUUCCAUAUAGGGGUGAGUUCUGAAUUAAUUAAGAGAUUAAUCACAUCAUGCUUAGGCCAUGUGCUGAAUGUGCUCGGUUGUGCAGUGCUUUACUGUUAACUGGAGACUGCUGAAUGUUAUCAUUUAUAGUUCAUUAAUUUGUAACUAAAUUUAAAAGAGAAUUGACCAAAACAGAAGGAGAAAUGUAGAGAGGUAGAUUGAGGAGACUUCCUAAAUGACAUUCCUAUGGACUGCUAUUCAUCCAUAGAAUGUCUCAGUCACUCAGGUCAGUUGAAAGGCUGGUUAGAUAGAGAGAAACAUAUAGUAGUAAUAUUGCAUUGCAGGCUGUACACUGUUAUGGUAUACACCUACAUAGGUACCACCACAUAACAAAGCAAGAUAUUAUUUAAUCCACUGGAUGUCUACCUUCUGACAGUGGGAUACUGUAUGUACAAUUCAGUACUACAUCAUGUAUACAAAUGGUGGGCAGGCCCAAAAACACAACAAUAGCUACAAGGGCUUGAGGAAAGACCUCAGGGACCUUGAGAAUAUAUUGUUUUAUAUAAGGCAUAUUUAUCAGUGAGUAAGGCUGCUAAUUUUUCAUUGGCAUGAAAAAAGAAAAUUAAAUAUUAGCGGCAUUCUAAUAUGAGUGUUCUCUGUCAAGUACAGUGUAUGUAGACCUUUCCAGGAAGAGAUACUAUAGUUGGACUACAGGGCAUUAACUGCUGAUUAAACCUAAACAUGCACUGCAGAUACGAACUGUGAUCAGAAGGCUACAAACUAAACUUCUGAAUGAUGAAUUGCUCUGCAUGAUGUAUUAUGCAAAUAAUUUGCAUGGCUUAGAGCUUCUCAUCCCACAAGAGUAAAGGGUAAACUGCAAUAAAUUGGUAGAAUGGCCAAUCAUGCUAAUGUCCCCAUGCACAGGGAGUAUUUUGUUAUUAAUGAGUUUAUUGAAAUUGAACAAUAUGUGUUGUGUUGGCAUCGCAACCAGCCCUGUGGAACAUUUAUAGUAGAUUCUUAAGCAGGACCUGAGACAGCAUGUUCCACAACCAUCAUCAAAAAAUCAGCUGAUGUCAUGUGUCACAUCCCUUACAGGGAUUAGAAUUAGAAUAUAGAGUAAUCAGUAUAAAAGCUGUUAAGGGCUUGUUAUGAUGCUACUGUCAAAUGAAGUAUUAUAUGACAGUAAUCUAUAUGUAUGUAUUAAACAGCCACUAUUAAUUAACUAUACAUUUACUAAUAGAUAACAUGAAAACAUAAAUAUGUGUGUUGUAUCUAAUGAAGUGAGUCAGGAGAGGCGAGCCAUCCCGACAGAUGAAGCCAUGUCUUUAGAAUUUGUUUUAUACACUAAUGAGAGCACCCCUUGAUAUUGAAAUGUGUAAUGACACUGAUGAAAAAAACUACAAAGAGAAGUCAAUUUUGCAUUAAAAACUUGAGUGUGAAUGUGUGACUAAAUAUGUCAUACAUCAAGGCUGUGGCUUGACACUUGGAUCCAAUUAUUUUAAUCACAACACAGAACUACUGAUAUAGAUGUGAAAAUACUGCGGAAGUGUGAAGGUAUAAAGUUAUGAGGAGAAAUCAAAGGAACAUUAUAAAGUUUUAAAAAAAAUGCUGAAUCGCAUAUUUAUAGAAACAAAUGGCAAAACACUGGUUAGAAACCAAUUGUGAAAAAAGUUCAAAGAGGAGCAUGUUCCAUGUUCUGUCUGUUGGUUAGAUUGGAAAUCUCCUUUGUGCUGACUGAGACAACAUAAAAAUGACUUAUGGGGAAUGUCAUAUGUUUUGUUAGCACAAAAAAGUUUGCAAAGAUCAUUGUGAAUGUUAGUGACUGAGAUUUACAUUGUUUGGGUAACUUUUGGCUGAUUUCAGACCUCUACAAUUUCCGUGCAAAGUUUGCCAACAAAUGGCUUUUGCUAAGGUACACAGUGUAUGUAAUAAAAUGUAAUAAAAGCGUUUUUAGCGCAAAAUAACUCCAGAGCAGCGUUAACGAUAACCUUUGCUUAGCAAUAAUAAGCAAUGUAAUGUUCGCCAGAGAAUGAUUUUACAGUGCAAGCAGCUAAACAUUCGCAAAAAUAUGAUUUUAAACAUCACUUGUGAUUUUUAUGGCAUUACCCCAUUUCUAUCUUAUCUAGAUGAGAAAAGCACACUUGGAUGCCACAACUUGUGGUUUUUGCCAAACUUUUAAUUGUACUACUGUAUGUACUAAUAAAUAUUUGUUUAGAAUAAAGCUUGUUAUGGCAAUCUUC